GAGCAGCUGCAGGGUCGUGUUUGGCCGGCCUGGCUGGUUAGAAAUCCAAACUCAGAGCCAAGUCUCUGCGCACAGUUAGCGGGUUAAGAAUCGUGAUUGUGGGCCCGAGUUAGCUGUAGCUGUCUGCAUGGUUCGCUAUUAUCGCCAAGGGGAUGGAGGGUAGGGUAAGGAAACUGCUCAUGGCCCCUACCUACUGUCCUGAAGAUCAAGAACUGAUACAAACCUCAGUCUGAACUCAAACUGGAUUUUUUUUUUUUUUUUUGAGGUUUGGAAAAAUUCACAUCAAUUUCCUUUAAAGAUCCAUUUUUUUCCACCUGCCUGUCCUGAUGCAAAAGGCUGAAUUCCCCUGAGAUGGCCUGUUGCCAGGACACUUGCCUGAAAUCCCCACUGGGGAAAAGACUCGUCUCACAAAGCUUUCAGCCCAGUUUUGAAGCCCCGGGAGGUUCAAAAGAAGGCAAUUUGACUGAUUUGUCAAACCUGUGUACUUCCAAUCCUCUUAUACGGAUCUGAAACAGGGAUGCUGCUUCCAGAAGACAGCGGGAGACCUUUCAUGUGUGUGGCCAGCAGCAGCUACUGAGCAGAAGAUGGUUUGAUUUUUAGCAGUAAUAGGGAUACAUUAUUGAGAUGUGGCCUGGAGAGGAUUGAAGUCCUCACUGGUCAUUGCUGGCUCGUGCUUUAUGGUCAGAUACCCACCUUGGUGAUAGUCACCGCUCAUCGGGGCCUGAAGAUUGGACUUGAAGUCAACAGGGGAUUUGCCUGGCAGUGGCCACAUGAUGGUCCACGAUUAACCUGGCUGCCCCAGCUCGGUCCCGUGGAUGAACAGGAGCUGAGCGGGCUGAUCUCCAAAGCCAGCACCUGCCUCUCCUGCCGCCCCCCUCUCAUCCCCUCCCGACGCGUGGGGCUGCAGGGCCAGCAAACCCCCAAUGCCUAAGAACAGCAAAGUGACGCAGCGAGAGCACAGCAGCGAGCAUGUCACCGAAUCGGUGGCUGACCUGCUGGCCCACGAGGAGCCCGUGGACUACAAGCGCAGUGUUUUGAACAUGACGGGUGAGGCCUGGGACAAGCAGAAGGACGUGGAGGAAGAUCUGGACUCUGAGAAGCGGCCAGCGUGGAACAGCAAACUGCAGUACAUCCUGGCCCAGAUCGGGUACUCGGUGGGGCUGGGGAACGUCUGGCGGUUUCCGUACUUGUGUCAAAAAAAUGGAGGAGGUGCCUACGUGGUCCCGUACCUGGUGCUGCUCAUCAUCAUCGGGCUCCCUCUCUUCUUCCUGGAGCUGGCCGUGGGUCAGAGAAUCCGCCGGGGCAGCAUCGGCGUGUGGAAUUACAUCUGCCCCCGCCUGGGGGGCAUUGGAUACGCCAGCUGUCUCGUCUGCUUCUUUGUCGGUCUCUAUUAUAACGUGAUCAUCGGCUGGAGCAUCUUUUACUUUUUUAAAUCCUUCCAGUAUCCGCUCCCCUGGAGUGAGUGCCCCAUUGUUAAAAAUGGCACAAUGGCCGUGGUGGAGGCAGAAUGUGAGAAGAGCUCCGCAACCACCUACUUCUGGUACCGCGAGGCUCUGGAGAUUUCCAACUCCGUCUCAGAGAGCGGAGGGCUCAACUGGAAGAUGACCCUGUGCCUGCUGAUGGCCUGGAGUGUCGUGGGAUUGGCCGUGAUCAAAGGAAUUCAGUCCUCAGGGAAGGUGAUGUACUUCAGCUCCCUCUUCCCGUAUGUGGUGCUCCUUUGCUUCCUGGUGCGGGGGCUGCUCCUGAGGGGGGCGAUAGAUGGGAUCCUGCACAUGUUCACUCCUAAGCUUGACAAGAUGCUGGACCCCCAGGUGUGGCGAGAGGCGGCCACUCAGGUCUUCUUCGCCUUGGGCCUGGGCUUUGGAGGUGUCAUCGCUUUCUCCAGCUACAACAAGCAGGACAAUAACUGCCACUUCGAUGCCACCCUCGUCUCCUUCAUCAACUUCUUCACCUCCGUGUUGGCCACCCUGGUGGUCUUCGCCGUGCUGGGGUUCAAGGCCAACAUCAUGAAUGAGAAAUGUGUGGUGGAGAACACUGAGAAGAUCCUGGGAUACCUGAACAGCCACGUCCUGAGCCACGACCUCAUCCCGCCCCACGUGAACUUCUCCCAUCUCACGGCCAAGGACUACAGCGAGAUGUACCAAGUGAUCAUGACGGUGAAGGAGAGUCACUUCAAGGAGCUGGGCUUGGAUGCCUGCCUGCUAGAGGAUGAGCUCAACAAGUCAGUGCAGGGAACCGGCCUGGCCUUCAUCGCCUUCACCGAAGCCAUGACCCAUUUCCCAGCUUCUCCUUUCUGGUCUGUGAUGUUCUUCCUGAUGCUGAUAAACCUGGGGCUUGGCAGCAUGAUUGGGACCAUGGCAGGUAUCACCACCCCUAUCAUUGACACCUUCAAGGUGCGGAAGGAAGUUUUCACAGUUGGCUGUUGCAUCUUCGCCUUCCUGAUCGGCUUGAUCUUCGUGCAGCACUCGGGGAAUUACUUCGUCACCAUGUUUGACGAUUACUCCGCCACGCUGCCGCUCAUGGUCGUGGUGAUCCUGGAGAACAUUGCCGUGGCCUGGAUUUAUGGCACCAAGAAAUUCAUGCAGGAACUGACAGAAAUGCUGGGCUUCCGGCCGUGCAUCUUCUACUUCUACACCUGGAAGUACAUCUCUCCCCUCUGCAUGGCUGUGCUAAUGACAGCCAGCAUCAUCCAGCUUGGAGUCAACCCACCGGGCUACAGUGCUUGGAUCAGAGAGGAGGCUGCGGAGAAGUUCCUCUAUUACCCAGUGUGGGCUGUAGCCAUCCUCAUCUCUCUCAUCAUCCUGGCCACCCUCCCACUGCCCGUGGUCUUCAUCCUCCGUCAAUUCCACCUGGUGUCCGAUGGCUCCAACGCCCUCUCCGUCACCUACAAGAAGGGCCGGAUGAUGAAGGACAUCUCCAACCUGGAGGACAAUGACGAGACUCGCUUCAUCUUGAGCAAAGUGCCCAGCGAGACCCCGUCCCCGAUGCCCACGCACCGUUCCUACCUGGGCCCGGGAAACGCUUCCCCAAUGGAGAUGAGCAGUGCACCCAACGGACGCUAUGGGAGUGGGUACCACUUGGCCAGCACCCCUGAAUCUGAACUGUGAUGGCCACCCACCAGCCCUCGGCCCACCCCCACCCCCAGCACCUAGGAAAGGAGGCAACUGGGGAAUGGAUCGUGUCCGUUUGUGCAGCAAAAAGAAAAAAAGAAGAAACCCUUCCUAGAAUGUUAGCAAGUAAGCAGCCAUUUCCCUGGCAAGGUUGGGAAGAAGGGAUUGUGGGAGGGCGUCGGAUUUCCCUCUCGGCAAUCUCCAGUCAAAAAGGCAGGACCCCUUGUCAGCUGCUCUUGUGAAAAACAAAAACAAAAACCAAAACAAGAAACAAGACACUGCAAUAAAUUUGAUCAGUGUGGUUCCAGACAGAGAAAAUUGGAGACCAAACCAAGCAUCUCCUGGUUUCCAAGCAUCGGGAGUUCAGAGAAGGGAUACAAAAUGAGGUGACAGCCAAAGACGUUUCCUCUUAUAACCUGGAGUUAUUCCCCCUCCUCUCGUUUUCCUCUAGUUAGGAGAAGAGAUGGCUCUUACUCCACUGAUCACAUUGGACCACCCAUGUUCAUAGCCCGAUGGACAGCCAUCUCCUGAUGGGGUGUCCGCUGGGGCGGUGAAUGUGGCACGUCCUUUGGUUUUGUAGCUCUGGAGACACGCAAAGAGCUCAGCUUUAGUGGACAUUUCUUACCCAGCGGAGACUCAUCUUGAGUGGACAACGCUUUACAGUGAGCGGCAGCGAGGAGCUGACCCUUUGGUAUCUGUUGUGUUUCUAUAGAUGUUGGUUCGACGCACAUGGGGAAUAUGCCCAGGAGUCGGGGCGGGGCGGGAUCUCAUUCUAAACUGAGCUGCAAUGAGCACACCCACUUAUUACACAGUGUUACUCCAUCCCAAGUGGUACCGGACCUCCGGUGCAACCACGAUUUCAGGUGUGUGAGCAUGUGCCAUGCCCAUAGGCCAGAAUUUGAGCAGGGUUACACGGGUGUAGAUCAGGAGUGACCCCUGGAGUCGUUCCUGAUUUGCAGCUGGGUAACUGUGAGCAAGCUCCAGCCCCAGGAUUUUCAUUUUCAAUGCACUGUGUGAAAGAAACCCCCUGGCCUGGUGAAUGGUAUAGCCUAGCCCUCCUAGAUACAGAGAUGAGUAGAGGGAAGCGGGGGUUAUUGGAUUCUGAUUACAAUCUUGGGCUAGCUUUUGGAGGAAAUAGACCUCCAUGAUCUAAAUUCCACCCUUAUUUAGAGUGGUGUCAUCUGGGUGUAACGGAAGCUGACUGUGUGUGUUUCUUCCAUGCAUCUACAAGCAAGGCUCCAAAGUCCUCCCCGGUGUAUCUCCUUAGACGUCAGUGGCCUCCAGCAGGGGUGUAGUUGGCUCAGAGGCUCCGUGCCGAGUUUGCAGCGGCUGAGUACUCUGUGUUACGGAGUCUCCUGUAGGUUAGUGCCAGGUCUUGGCAUUUCUGGUGGCGAGCCCCUGUCUGUCACACCCAUCCGUGAGACUUAGGGCUUGGAUAGGGGCAGUAAUUGUGGGUCUCUCCCAUCCAUCUGAGGGAGGUUAGGAUCUAUCUGGGGGCAGGGAGGGCCUCUCCUGAUGGGCAGGGUCUCCUUGGGAGCAGAGAGAGUCAUUACCCACAUCCAUUUGUGGGUCUCAAUGGGGCAGCGAGUUUUAUUGAUCCUGUUUCCAGUUUCCCUCUGGGACAGGGGAAGCUGCUGUCUCAUCAGCUCGCAAACUGCUGGCAUCCAACCAGUUCACUGAGAUCUUAAAGACCUUAGUCCAUUUUUAACCUGCCCUUCCUUAUGCCUGUUGUACUUAGUGCCAGCUCGAUGGUAUUUCAUGCCAGCGCAUAGGCCAGGCUGAUCUCCCCUUGUCCUUGCAAGGGCUGGGAGACCUUCUCCCCUCUCAUCCUUUGCUUUCCCCUCUGCUGAGAGCCGAUCCCCUCCGGGGUAAACAUGGGAAGACUGAAGGACGGGUGAAAAGCCCUGGAGCUUUUCGCUGCUUCGUUCGUUUCCAUUAGCACUGUUUCCACCCAUAGCUCCAUCUCUUUUGAGACUUCCCUCAUGCAACCUGUGAGCCUUUAAAUAGUAACCCUUGGCCCUUCUAUUGCACCUGUCAUCCAAGGGUCUGGAAGCACUUCAAGGACAUUAAUUGAGCCCCGGCGUAGCCAUUUUACAGGUGGGGAAACUGAGGCACAGACUGGGCCUUGGUUACCAUGUGAAGCAGUGGCACUGCUGGGAAUCGAACCCAUGACAUCCGAUUCCCUAUCCCUGUGCUAAAAAUCGGGCCUUCUCCCCUAGGCCACCCGUGGGGCUUUUCCAAGGUAAGGUCACAUGACUCAGCAACCACAGGCAAGGGGUACCUCUCCCUUGCGAUCUUCUGGGUUAGAUACAGUGUGGCCAUAAUUUCGUGCACCAGUGUGGUGGUCAGCUGGGGGGACGUACGUACCCUGGGGCGGAACGACGCGUAGCUGGAGAGACAACUAGCCAGCGGGUCCACGAUGAAGUAGAACAACUUUAUUUUAUGCUCUCAACCCUCUCCUAAUAUGCUGGGGUCGCAUUCAAGCUUACGUGGGUACAGCUUCAAUUGCUUUCAACGGAAGCUGCACCCGCUCACGUCCGCACAGAAUGCCAGGCAGGCCCGAUUCAGAUCCGACAGUGCUUUUACCCUGGUGUAACUCCAUUGAUGCCAGUGGAGACACUCCUGAUCUGCACUGGUGUAGAUGAGAUCAGAAUUGGGUCCAACGAGCCAAAUCCAGGUGGUGUAAGGUACUGUAGCUCAACUGUUACUCUAGUUUACACCAGCUGGAGAGCUUGCCCCGGGGGGGUAAGUUACACCGGCUUUGCAUGCUCACUGGCCCCCCCUCCGACCCCUCCACCCCCAUUCAAAGCGAUCUUCCGCUGCCUCUGGGUUAGGAUGUUAGCCUACGAUAUGGGAGACAGACCUUCAUUCCUUGCGCUGCCACAGACGUCUUGUGGGACCUUAGGCAAGUCCCUCAGGCCCCGAUCCUGGAAGGUAUUUGGGCCCCCAACUCCCAUUGCAAUCAACCGAAAUACCUUUCAGGAUCUGGGCCUUUGUCUCCCUGUGCCUCAGUUCUCCCGCGGUGACAGCACGGCUCUGCCUCGCCGGGGGUUGAGGAUCAACACACACACAAAAGAUUGUGACGGGCUCAGCUACUACACUAGUGGGGUAUACGCACUGCAGCUAGACAGACAGCGUGAGAUGCAAAUCAGGCCCACCCCCGCCCGUUUGCACCCAAUGUGUCCCAAACACCAUUUCACUUCUGUUCAGUUGGACCCACUGGGUUCCCACAAGCCGCAAAGGCUCGUGUCCCUUCCUCUGGCUUUUGUGCCAUGGGCCGUCAUCGCGAAGACUCUUUCUCCCUUUUCACUUUGUCUCCCUGGGCGAUGCAUUAGGAGUCGCCACGUGGGCCCCGCUAACCUUCGGAGCAGAGUGAAAGUGACGAAUGUGCCCUGUGCAGAGUUGAGUUCUUUGCAUCUGAGGCUGGUUUUGCCUGGCUGGUGCACUUCCUUCGAGAUGGGGAUGGAGCAGCUGCAGGAUGGCCCUAGAAGGAUCCAGUUCCCUGUGUCCAUUAGCAGCUUGGUAGACACCAGCAUCCCUAAGAAAUUUCCACCUCAGAUGAGAGAGAAUUUAAACCCAAGUGGGAAUCAGAAGGGUUAGGAAUUGGCUCUUUUCCAAACUUCAUGGGAGAAACACAGGGCCAGAUACUCUGCUGGUGGAAAUCUCAUUUUGACUUCAAUGAUUUGCACCAGCUGCGACCGGGACCCCCCUUUUUUCUGCUCUCAUUUAAAGUGGUGUCUCUUCAUGGAUUUCCAUAGAGUUACCCCUGAUUUGCACUGAGGGGAGAAUCAGGCCUGGCAUUUGAAUAGCUCAGCUGAGCAGUGCCUCAGCCUGGAAUUGCAAACCUGCCACCUGACCCCACUCCGCAGGGCAUGGAGAGCAGCAGGUGGAACAGCAGUGCAGGUCAGAGGCGGUUUGGGGAGAGCAGGAUGUCAAAGGCAUCAGAACCGAGCCCGUUCUGCUUGCAGCUUGGAGUCCCUGUCACCUGGGGAGCUUUGUAGAGGGCUUCUGCUGGGACAGCUGGCCAUGUGCCCUCAGAAUCAAAGCCACUCCUCCCUCUCUCCAUCCCUCUGUGCCUUUCUCUCUGUCCUUCCCACAGUGCAUAGGAACACAGGAAUGGCCUCACCUCAUCAGACCAGGGUCCACCUCCCCCAGGGCCCAGCACCAGCUGCUUUAGAGAAAGGUCCAAGGCACUGCCUCGUGCUCAGUCAUGGAAUAAUGUGCCCAUUGGGGGCGGGUCCUUUCAAACUCCCUCUGUUUCUCCCCCUCCAGGUCUUUUCACUCCCCGCGGGCCCCAGGAUCCCAAGCAAGGAGCACAAGCAUUAUACCCAGUGUAGCCUUCCCAGUCUGUGUCGGUAGAGCCACCAGGCAAGGCUACCAGCUGGUGCAAAUCGGUGUCGCUCCAUUGGAGUCAAUGGGGCCAGAUCCCCAGUUGGUGUAAAUCGGUGUCAUGCCGUUGGAGUUAAGGGCCAGAGCCCCAGCUGGUGUAAAUCAGUCGUCGCUCCAUCAGAGUCAGUUCGCCCCCAAGCAAUCCCCAGCUGAUGUCAGUCAGCUGUGGUUCCAUUUGGAGUCAAUGGGGCCAGAUCCCCAGCUGGUAUAAAAUCACAUCAUUCCAGCCACUUCAAUGAUACAAUGCUGACUUAUGCCAGCUAGAGAUCUCGCCCGCCAACUGCCGAGUUACACUUUCGAGCCAGCAACCAGUCCACUUAGUCCCCCUUCCUCUUCUUGUGGUGUGUCAGCAGCGGUGGUAGAAAGGCAAAGAACAACUCUGUCACCUAUAUACAUAUAUACAUAAUAAUCUAUAGAUUCUAUUUCUCUUGUAUAUUUACUCUGUAAAUGUUGGUGUAAAUUCUGUUUAAUGACGAACAUGUUCCAAAGUGACCCGUGGGCUAUUUUCAUUCUCUGUUCUGUACAGAUCUAUUUUCAUUGUAUAUUUGAGAUAUUUAUAAUUUCUUAUUCUAGUGUGUGAUUGGCAACUGCCCCUGCCACACUGCCCACAGGGGGGAGCCACCAGGGGGAGCUGCCUUCAUUUUUUUUCUGUGGAAACACAGUGUUGCUUGUGGCAUUUGCUAGAUAUUAGGUUCGGGGCGGGGUUUAAGUGUGAGGUGCUAUAUGCCGUCACUGUGUGUGUGUUAUGGUUAAUAGAUGCUACGUGUGUGUUACGUUAUGACUUUUCUGUAAUCCAGCCACUCUUCAGUUUGUAUUAACAACCAACUUUAGUCUGUUUCUAGCAGCAAACGUGGCCUAGGGAGUGUUCCCAGAUCUUGCUCUCUCCCUGGCCAGGGAAGGGUUAAAGCUGAUCAGCUGCAGGGUUUUAUGGCCAAUGAUCAAUAUUAUGACCGGGUGCACUUUUUUUUUUUUUUCUGAUUGCAAAAAUGUGAUAUGUUGCAACCCUGUGGAAUUAGUGGCGCGGGAUGGGGUCAGUGAGGAUCGGGGAGCAAUCAGGGGUAUUCUCAGAAAGUGUCCCCACCUAGCCUCGAGGGGACACUUAGCUGGCACCGCACCCAUCUGCUGCGGGGAGGCUGGCUCACACUAGCACAGGAUACAACUUCAAAAAGCACAACAGCCUCUAAGGAAGAACUGACUUUCUAAGGCCUGGCUGACUUGCCCAGCCUGCCUGGGAGCUACCAGCACUUUUGUAACCCUGCCCUGGACAGUCCUUCCCCUUUGCCCUCCAGGAAGAGACUGCCCCUUGCUCUGCGGAGCAGCCCUUUAUAGAUGGGCUGCUCCAGCAAGCCUUCUCCUGAUUGGCUCUCCCAAUAAACCCUUUCCUGAUUGGCUGGCUUCUGCGCAGCCUCGCCAAGGCUGCCGUAACCCUUCUGCUGCCUGUGUGGGGCAGCCGCCCCACCACACCCCAUCUUUUUAAUGGGGAUGAAAUAACCCCCAGAUCUAAACACUUCCAACCUUGGGUGAGAGGGGAGGUCAAAAUCCCAGUCCUGGUUUAGUACAUGGUCCAGUUCUUUACAAAACUCUAGAUCUGAACUUUGGAGAUGUUCAGAAUCCAGAUCUGGGAUUUUAGGGGCUUGCGUCUGACUCAUCUAAGUGUCCCCUGAACAGACCCCUGCUUUUGCCUUUCGCUGCUAAACCCUGGGCAGGACUGAGUGGGCAGCCCAGCCCCUCUGCGAAAUGGUAUUUCUGUCCCGGUGGCGGUGAGUGGGGUAGGUAAUGGUUUCCGGCAAUACAUUCCCAAGCACAGUGCUUUUAGUAAUGUACUGUAGAUCAUCAUCGUCUUUGUCAGGACCUGGGAGCGGCUGAAUAGGUGGUGUAGUUCCUCUGGGAACGAUACAGACUGGAUGCCAUUGCUGCCACCGCAAGAACGGGGAGAGCGAGUCUCCAUAUCUCUCCCUACUGGCCUUGUGCAGUAUUCCUGGGGGAUGCCGUCCCCCUGCGCCGUUACCUAUAAAGGACAGUCCCACAGUCCCUGCCUGCUCGUGUUUUGCUCAGGUCGUUUCGACGGGAGCCAAAUCGCACUAUCUUGUGGAGUUUAUUAUUGCAGAUGUUCUCUCUGCAUCCCCUGCCUUGCGUUCUGCCUAGCGGGGAAGCUUCCUGGCCAGGGGUGUCCUUGGGCGAAGGGGGCAGCCGCAAGGGGCACCUCAGAGGCUGAUAGAUUGCAAGGCCAGAAAGGCCCGUGUGAUCCUCUAGUCUGAAGUCCUGUAUCAUACAGGCUGAAGGACUUCCCCAAAAUAAAUCCCAGAGCAGACUGUCUACAAAAAAACCCCACCUCGAUUUAAAAAUGGUCAGUGAUGGAGACUCCACCACGACCCUUGGUAGAGGGGGAACCUUUCUGGGCUGCCUACUUCACCCCCAGCUGCUCCUCAGCUCCUGGUUCUGUUCGCUCCGAGUCAGUGAGAGCCUAUGGGAAUGAGGUGAGGUGGGGCGCCAUUACAAACCCAACACCCACCAGGCCAGCUACCUGAUGCAGGUUCUGUCUACACGGCAGGUGGGUAGGCAUAGCCGUGCUAGCAUUAGCUAGCGUGGGUAAUCCUAGGAAUGAAGACAGGGGACUGGGAUUUGGCAGGGGCCAGCUGCCCAAAGACAAGCUCGCUGGGGAGAGUGGAUGUGUACUUGCGUUGUUAGCCCCUGCCACCAUGUUGACACAGCUAUUGUUACCCAUGUCAGCUAGAUUAAAGCGAGCAGGGGUAUGCCUAUCUGUGCUGCAAACACCCCACGACUUGCAGUGUAGACAUAUUCCUACAGACCUGACCCAAAGGCUUUGGGGAUCCCCAAAGCCUUUGGGUCAGGUCUGUAGGAAUAUGUCUACACUGCAAGUCUUUCCAUUCACGCCAGUGAGCUUUGGCUCAGUCCUAAGCAUGGGGUCUUCCUGUCCUGAGCCUAGCAGGCACCGUGGUACUGGGGAGUGGCAAACUCUGAUGUUUGAAUGGUGCCUGAUGUAUGUCCCAGAAUCCUUUGCAUUUGGAAACCAAGGGCCUGAUCCCCAGUGCAGACAAUGGAUAGACUCCCAUUGGCGUCCAAGAGCUUUAGAUCAGGCCCCAGAGGAGCAGAAAAAAGGGCCAAGAAGCAGGGGAGGGAGGUGAGGAAGAGGUCUAGUUGCUGGUGAGUCAAGGGCUGACCCUGAGUAGCAAGGCCUUUAGGCCAGUGUGCCGCACGGUGAGAUGGCACCAGCUGUAGAGUGUAGCCCUUAGAGUGGCUGCGGUGUGUUGUGUGUGGUGAUUAAACUUUGGAAAGCACAUAUCUGAGGAGCCCCUACUGUACAGGGCAAAGCACAGAACUCGUCGUCUCACGUAGAAAAUAGCCGGUGUAUUUACAAAGCACACCCUGUGCCGGCAGGAAGAUUUGUGGUAGGAGAGAGAUACUGUAACAACCAUACCUGAGUCCCAUUAAAAGUCUCUUCUUACCAAG